AUGCUGGACCAGUCGAUGGACUCAGAGCCACCUGGCCUGGUCUUGAAGUCCAACGUGAAGGAAGAUGUGGAAGAUGUGAAGGAUGUGAAAAUGGAAGAUUCUAUCACCCUCAAAGGUCGAGACAAGACCUAUUUGGAUGAGCUAGGAGCGCUGGAGGCAGCUGUGAGAGAUGCAGGUACUUCAGACUUCAAGCCAGCUUUUUAUGCCUUGGGCAAAUUUGUCUUGACCAAAUGGAAUGGCGCCCGCAACUUCCUGGAGGAGAUCCUGCCGAUGGGCAGGGCGGCUGAAUUUGUGAGUGAAUUGCACAGCAUGUUUCCAAAGAGUGAUGCCAUUUGCUAUGCGACAGAGCUUCCUGGAAAUGAUUCAGAUGAAUUCAACUUACAUUUGUCGGAUCUGAGCUGGUUUGCAGAUUCUUCAACGAAGCCAGCCCCAUACCUUCACACUUGCCUGCAGCUCUGGGAUGAGAUCACAAUGAAUGGUUUCAUUACAAAAGGUGAUCCACUUCUCUUGUGGAAUGGACCUGAAUGCAGGCGGGACUUUGCUUGGGCGCACUACUUGAAAGGGGCUGCAAGAGGCAUCAAACUGCAUAUCCUGCACCGUGAGCUCUAUGACAGCCUGGCAUCCAUCCGUUGCCGCCGUGGUUCCAUGUCACAUGACUUGAUGAGAGUUGCCUUCACCAAUGCAAAACUCAGUAGCAGGGGGGCCAUCAGAAAGUCUCAUGAUGUGGCAUGCUGGCUUGCAAAGAUUAGCAUGCUUUGUGAGUGGGGAAUGAAGGCUGACAGCGCCAUCAAAUCAUGGAAUAGUGAGGCAACGCGUGAAAGUCAGUUGACAGGACAGAAGAGAGUAGCUUUGCUGGCCUUGCUGCAAGCACCAGCAGGGACAAAGGAACUCCUGCUGGCACACUCCAGCUUCUUUGGAUCUUCAUCAGCGUUCAGUGAGGAGUGCUUUGCAGCCAAAAAUCUAUUCCCGGGCUAUACGCCCAGAUCCAUCCUGGACAAGCAAUGGCGUUCCCGCCUCACGAUGACUGAGGCAGGUUUCUUGCUCUUCUUGCGCUACACAGAUGCCAGUCAUCACCAGAAGUUGGUUCAAACCCGUGGCAAGCUCAGCAAAGAGAGGAUUUCAGAGCUAUGCCAACUUGCCCAGCUAGUGGUGUCGGUUGAGGCAGAGUUGCAGGAGGGAGGGGUGAUCACCAGCAGGGUGACAGAAGCUUUGUUGGCAUGCGAUGGCAAUUUGGAGCUAGAGCUUCAGGUGGCUUUGAGUGAAAAGAGCCCCAAGUGGAAACCUGCUGAUUUGGGCCUAGUCCAGGAAGUUCUCAAAGAGCAUUCCGCUACUUCAGAUGCCAAGUUCUUUGUGGAGAAACGUGUGGUGGCAGCUGGAGAGCUUGAGCGGGAGGAGUUUGACUUGAUGAAGAAGAUGUUUGAGCAUGAUAUCAAAGCCUUUGAGAACUGGAAGGUCCGUUGCCGCGACAGAGAUUCUGCAAUCUACCACGCGUCAUUGCAGCACAAGGUGCAGCGUCAGUCUGAGGCCCAAAAGCAGGCCCAAAGUUUGUUUGAUAUUUCAUCGGGGCAUUGGAUCGCAUCUUUGGAGAUCCUUGGCACAGCCAACGAGGUUUUGCAGCGAGUCAAGGCCGCACUUGGCAAGAUUCAGACAAGCUUUCAACUGCGGCAAGAGGAGAUCUAUGUUCUGGCGGUCUGCAGCUGGAGCUCUCCGAGCUUGGUUAGCUCUGCUGCUCAGAAAGCCCAAGCCACAGCAAUUGGGGCACUUGGCAACGAUGCUGGUUCCAAUGGGCGCGUGAUUGGGUGUGUUUUGGAACCAUGCCAUACAUACAACAAGGGACAACUUUGGAAGCAGGAAGAGUUGCUGCACAAGAUGCUUGUGAACAACCGGCGCAAUAUCGACAAUCGCUUCGUGCUUCCGUUUAUUGAACGGUAA